AUGCAGCCCUACUUCGGCCUGCGAGGCGAUCUGUUGAAUCGCGCUAUCAUCUGGCUGGUCGUUUGUCCGGCAUUUGUUUGCUAUGGCUAUAACCAAGGCGUCACCGGGGGUCUUCUGACGCUCAAGUCGUUUGCGGAGACUUUCCCCGAGAUGAAUACCUUGACCACGACGGGGGAGGAGCAGCGUUAUAACUCUACCAUCCAGGGCACCGUGGUUGCCUUAUAUACUGUCGGGGGGAUCUUUGGAUCUCUCUCCUGCAUCUACCUGGGUGACCUGCUUGGACGACGGCGCGUGAUAUUCAUGACCUCAGCCGUCUCCAUUGUAGGCGCCAUCCUUAUGGCCACCUCGUUUGGCUUGCCGCAAUUCAUUGUUGCUCGCCUGGUACUGGGUGUGGGAACUGGUGGAUACGUGGCCACGGUGCCAGUUUGGCAGGCCGAGAUCUCGCAGGCAAAGAAGCGCGGUGCACAUGUCGUGACGGACGGAAUCUUCAUCGGUGCUGGCAUCACGAUCUCCUUGUGGAUUGAUUUCGGAUUCUACUUCGUCACGGGAAACUCCGUGUCGUGGCGGUUCCCGCUGGCGUUCCAAAUCUUGCUGUCUCUAUUAGUCAUGGCUUUUAUCACCGUCUUCCCCGAAUCGCCUCGAUGGCUAGUAAAGCGUGGACGACAGACCGAGGCCCGUGAGAUCCUGGCGGCCUUGGCAGAUUUGCCGUCGGAUGACGAGGCCAUUAACAUGGCACUGCGAGAUAUCGAACGAUCGCUGGCCCUGUCAGGCACGGGAUCCUGGACGGACAUGCUAAGGAUGGGCGAGCAACGGCUCUUCCAUCGCACAAUGCUUGCAGCCAGUGGUCAGAUGUUCCAGCAGAUGUGUGGGAUCAACCUGAUCACGUUCUACGCAACGACCAUCUUCGAGCAGUACCUGGGCCUGAGCCCACUACAGUCCCGCAUUCUAGCAGCGUCCAUGUGCCUGGCGCAACCGUUGGGCGGGUUCCUGGCCUUCUUCACCAUCGAUCGUCUGGGCCGUCGUCCCCUGAUGCUUUGGAGUGCCGCUGGGAUGUCGGCGUCGAUGGCAGUCCUGGCGGGUACGACGUCGCUGACCGACAACACGGGCGCACUGGUGACUGCCGUCGUGUUCCUGUUUAUCUUCGAGUUCAUUUUCACUGUCGGUUACUCAGGUCUCACAUUCCUCUAUGCCACGGAGGUAGCACCGUUGCAGCUGCGGGCGGCCAUCAGCGCCGUGUCGACGGCGGCAGUGUGGACCUUCAACUUCCUGCUAGCGGAGGUGACACCCGUCGGCUUCAACACCAUCGCAUACCGAUAUUACAUCAUCUUUGCCGUGUUGAACGCGGUCAUCGUGCCGGUCGUGUACCUCUUUUUCCCGGAGACCAAUGGCCGGUCACUCGAGGAGAUCGACGAGAUCUUCCUGCGGUCCAAGUCGGUGCUGGAUCCGCCUCGGCUGGCGCGGUCGUUGCCACGGAUGCACCUGGCGGAGGGGGUGGAUGUCGAAAGGGUGGAAUCGGGGGAGAGUGAUGGAAAGAUGAAGUUGUGA